AUGGGCGACAGUGACAAACCCACCGAUCCUCAACUAUACAACUUCAAAGACCACUCAGCCGACCUGCAGGAAAUCCUCGACAGGGAAUCCGUCGGUAGAGUCGUCGUUGUAGGCCACGACGCCGGAGCCGUCGCUGCACAGCGGUUCUAUCUUUUCCAGCCCAAGAAUGUCGUCGGCAUGAUCUUGCUGAACGUCGCGUACAAGCAUCCCAGCUAUCAACCGUUCGACCUGCCCAAGCUGAUACAGCUGAUGAGACAGCUUUUUGGAUACGACGCCUGGGCGUACUGGGACUACACAUCCUCCGACCGAGCGGCUGGAAUCAUCAAUAAGAACCCUGUGCUGAUGUACGAGGCCUUGCAUGGCGAUCGCCCAGAUUGGAUGAAGACCGUCCUGGGCAAUUUUGGUGCGCUGGAAGCCUACACAAAGGGUGAAAUGGAGAGGGUCCCUGUCAAAGCGUAUGCCAAACCCGGCCAGGAGGAGUGGGUGGAGCACAAUGUUCAGUCAAAGGUCGAGAACGAGAUACCUCCGGAACGACUGAAGAUGAAUUUCCCCGUCAUGUUCAUCGCGUGCACCGAUGACGCCGCCUGCAGGGCCGAGAUGAUGAAACCUGCCGUCGCGGCCGGUCUUUUGCCGGAUUUGGAGACGAAUUGGCUGAACUGUGGACACUGGAGUCCUUUAGAGAGGCCGGGGGAGAUUUCUGGGAUGAUAAUAUCAUACAUGUCACGACACUUUAGUGCUGCAUGA